AGAGGCCGAACUCGGGAUCUGACAAGAUGGCCGGGCUUCCCCGCAGGAUCAUCAAGAAAACCCAGCGUUUGCUGGCAGAACCAGUUCCUGGCAUUAAAGCAGAACCAGAUGAAAGCAACGCCCAUUAUUUUCAUGUGGUCAUUGCUGGGCCCCAGGAUUCCCCCUUUGAGGGAGGGACUUUUAAACUUGAACUAUUCCUUUCAGAAGAAUACCCAAUGGCAGCACCUAAAGUACGUUUCAUGACCAAAAUUUAUCAUCCUAAUGUAGACAAGUUGGGAAGAAUAUGUUUAGAUAUUUUGAAAGAUAAGUGGUCCCCAGCACUGCAGAUCUGCACAGUUCUGCUAUCAAUCCAGGCUUUGUUAAGUGCUCCUAAUCCAGAUGAUCCAUUAGCAAAUGAUGUAGCCGAGCAGUGGAAGACCAAUGAAGCCCAAGCCAUAGAAACAGCGAGAGCAUGGACUAGGCUAUAUGCCAUGAAUAAUAUUUAAUUCGCUCAGAUCAUCAAGUGUACAUCCCUUUCCUGUUCUGCCAAGACUUCUUCCUUUUUUUUGUUUGCAUUUAAUGGACACAGUCUUAGAACCAUUACAGAAUAAAAGCCCAGGCAUCUUCAGCUUUAGUGAUUACAUGCACAUUAGCAACUCUAUGUCCUGUCCUGAUUCACUGUUGUAAAGCAGAGGCUAGAAGUGUCAUCUGGGUUGUGGUGAGAUACUGAAGAGCAGUGACUCUGCUUUUGACUCAUUUCCCCAUCAUGGCUUAAGUACAAAGCACUGUGAAUGAAGGUAGUUGUCAGGGUUAGCUGCCAGAGGUAUGGGUGUUUUUAUUUUAUUUUUUAGGGGGAAAGUAGUUUUAAUUUUAUGGCCUCCUUUCCCCUUCCCCGUCUUAAGGGAUCUAAUUGCAGUGGUUAAAUGCAGCUAACCAGUUUUUUAGAAUAUGCUCUCUACCCAAGUCUAACUUUAGACGCUGUAGAUGGACAAGCUUGAUUGUCUGAACCAAAAUGGGAACAUUAAAUAAACAUCACAGCCCUCACUAAUAUUGUGACUUUGCUGUCAAGUGUAGAUUUUCCACCCCUCAGCCCCCCUACCCCCCCCAAAAAAAAAAGAAGAAAAAAAGCUUGUGACCAUUUUGUAUGGCUUGUCUGGAAACUUCUGUAAAUCUUAUGUUUUAGUAAAAUAUUUUUUGUUA